GGGUUUAAGCUCUUCUCCCCAUCGCUCAUUUCUCAUUGAAGCUCUUUCCAUACAUUAGUUCAUUACUACACUCAAUUGGCGAUCGACACGGCAAGCACUCAAGCAGCUGACUUCGCACUCUCCGGCCUCGACCUCUCUCUCUCUUUCUCUGUUGACACUUACUGUAACGCAUCUAUUUUUUUCCGUAAAGCGCAGCCAUGACCGCGACUUACACAAAAGCCGAAGUGGCGCAGCACAACAAGAAGGAGAACGGCUGGUUCAUCAUCAACAACUCCAUCUACGAUGUCACCAAGUUCUACGACGACCACCCGGGUGGCCGUGACGUCCUCCUCGCGAACAUCGGCCGCGACGCCACGGAGGAGUUCGAGGCGGUGCACCACAGCAAAGGCGCCAUGCGCAAGCUGGACGACCUGAAGGUCGGCGAGCUGCCCGAAAGCGAGCGCCGUCACUUCAUUUCGAUGAGCGAGGUUGCGACGAAGAAGUCGGCGGAUGGGGCGUGGUUCGUGAUCAACAACAAGGUGUACGACGUGACGAAGUUCCUCGACCUGCACCCCGGCGGCCGCGAUAUCCUCCUCUACAACGCCGGCGGCGACGCUACGGAGGCCUUCACCGACAACGGGCACAGUGACAACGCGUACAAGAUGAUGGGUAAGUACUGCAUUGGCGAUCUCGAGCUCGACGAGCGCAAGAAGUACAUGAACCGCAAGGUCACCGGCGAGCAGCACGCCUCCACGACGCAGGUGGUUCGCGUGAAGAGCGAGGAUGAGUCGCUGCUCGCCCGCAUCCAGGAGCAGCUGCAGCUCUUCAUUGUGCUCGCGCUGUUUGUGAUGGCCGGCGUCUUUCUGUUGAGCUAA